AUGGAGGCGGUAGAAAAGAAAGUCCGUACCUUUGUGCGAGUCAAACCGACGGCCGAGUUCGCUCAGGAUAUGAUCAAGCUCGGGCCAGACAACAAGAGCAUAGAUAUAUACAUCCAAAAAGACGCCAGGAGAGGAGUUGUGAAUAACAGGCAGACUGACUGGUCCUUCAGGCUGGACGGGGUCCUUCACAACACCUCCCAGGAGCUGGCCUAUGAGACUGUGGCCAAGAAAUUGGUGGCUGAUGCCCUGGCUGGCUAUAACGGCACGAUAAUGUGCUACGGGCAAACGGGGGCUGGUAAAACGUACACGAUGACGGGAGCGACUGCCGAGUACAAGCAUCGAGGAAUCAUACCCCGAGCUAUCCAGCAGGUCUUCAGAGCGAUUGCACGCUCCGUCGAUUCCUUCGUCACUGUCCGGAUCUCCUACCUGGAGAUCUACAACGAGACCUUGUUCGACCUGCUGGCCGCCCCGACGAGCAGCGGCACCGGAGACGUGCAGAUGGCUGUAGUGGACUGCCCGCGGGGCGUUUACGUGAAGGGCUUGUCCGUACGUCCUGUCAGCCACGAGGAGGAUGCUCUCAACCUCCUUUUUGAGGGUGAGACCAACAGGGUAAUAGCAGAACACUCCCUGAAUAAAAACUCGUCCAGAUCCCAUUGCAUCUUUACUAUCUACAUUGAGUCUCGUUGCAGAGUUUUCUCAGACGUCCGAUGCGUUAAUUCGAAGAUCAACCUGAUAGAUCUGGCAGGCUCGGAGAGACUGAGCAAGACCGGAUCUGAAGGGCAGGUUCUGAAGGAAGCCACGUACAUCAACAAGUCUCUGUCGUUCCUCGAGCAAAUCGUCAUCGCCCUGGCUGAUCCGAAGAGGGACCACAUCCCCUUCCGACAGAGCAAGCUCACUCACGUCCUCAAGGACUCGCUGGGGGGGAAAUGCAAUACUGUCCUCGUGGCAAAUAUCUGCGGGGAAGCUUUGCACGUAGAAGAGACUUUGUCUUCUCUUCGUUUUGCUGCCAGAAUGAGGUGGAUCACAACAGAGCCAGUCAUCAAUGUGACAUGCGACCCGGAGGAGACUGUGAGGGCUUUGGAGAAGGAGAUUAUUCUUCUGAAGCAAGAACUGGCUAUGCACAACAACCUGGUCAAUCGACCUCUGGUGACUUACGACCCUCUGACUGAUGUGCAGAUAGCGGAGAUUAAGUCUCAAAUCCACAAAUACCUGCAAGGGGCCAUUGAUGAAAUUGAUAUAAUGAAUAUCCGGCAGGUCCAGGAGGUAUUUAAGCAGUUCAAGCUGAUUGUAAGGCAACAGGAGCACGAAGUGGAAGCCAGAUUACGAAGCAAGUAUGCUCUGAUAGACAAAAACGACUUUGCUGCUAUUGCUGCUGCUCAGAAGGCCGGAGUGGUCGACGUGGAUCGUCAUUUGAUGGGAAAAAAGGGCGGCCAGGAAUGUGGGACCAGAACGACUCCCGUUUCACCCAAACCUGCUGGGAAGAAGAAGAAACCCCGGAAGGGCAGCGAGCAAUCCAAGAAGGAAGGAACCAGGAGCUACCUUUCUGGGAGAGAGCUGGAUGCUCCUUUACCACCCAAAAGCCAGGUAACGAUUCCCAUCACGGAUUUGGACGUGAAGGAGAGAGCAAGGAGCGAGGAUACAGCCAAUAUUGAUGCGCAGCCCUCGAAGCCAGCCUCUGAGGAAGGUUCCCAGCGGCCCAGCUCCCCUCCGUCGAAGCCGGUGGCGUUUGAGCAGUUCAAGGAGGAGUGUGGACGGGAGAUCAACCGGAUCUUUAAGGAGAACAAAAGCAUCCUCCUUGCCAGGAAGAAGAGAAGCGCGACGGUAGCCCGGAGGAUCAACUUCAUCAAGCAGGAGAUGGAGGACAUCAAGAAGGCCCUGGAGGCCCAGAGGCAGGAGCGGUGGCAGCAGGGGGAGUACGUCGACGAGAAAGGACACCUCAUCGUCGACGAGGAGGAGUUUUUACUCAUCAUGAAGAUGAAGGACCUGAAGGAGGAGUACAGGUCGGCUUACGCUGAGCUGCAGGACCUGAAGGCAGAGAUCCAGUACUGCCAGCACCUGGUGGACCGGUGUCGGAACAAACUCAUCGCAGAGUUCGAGAUCUGGUACAGCGAGUCCUUCCUCAUCCCCACCUACGUGCAGAAAGCCCUGCAGCCCGGCGGCAGCAUCAGGCCCGGAAUGAUUCCCAUCGACAGAGUUCUGCGCCUGGAGGAAGACGAGCAGGACAGAUUUGAGCGGAUGCAGGAGACGACGCUGCCGGCCGGCCCGGAGUCGGCCUCGUUCUACAAGGCGAAAAUGAAGAGCGACCAGAAGCACGCGUACGCUAGAACCAUGUCGUCCCUUGGGCAAAUGCGCAAGAAGCCCGGGCACAUCGCAGCUGCCGGGAGGAACGCCCCGUCGUCUCUGCACCUCACGUAGGAGGUUCAGCCUCGGGCUGGAGCCUGGCGUUCAGCACAACGGGGACGAAGCAACAUCAGCUCAGAAAGCACCCCGCGUUCCUCUCCGCAACAGGUUCCUCAGAAAUAAACAGCCGAAAAUUAAAA